AUGAAACCACAAACGAGGAAAUACAACAGGCAUAAUGGCUUUCACACUUUGACCAAACUUCCGUCUUCAGUAUCAAAGUUAUUUACACAAGGUCCACCAUUACCACCAUCGAGAGUGAGAGUAAGGCGAAACCAGAACAAGAAAUAUGCACUCACUGGUGUAUCAGCCGUGUUGCAACAUGUUUCAGAGUAUAAGAAGGCAACCCAUCCCGUAUCAGAGAACCAACACUUGAAAGUAUAUGAUGAAGCCAUGAACGAAUCGCACAAAGAACAGGAGGAGUUGAUGAAGAAAAUACAAGAGUGGCACCCUGAAUCAGAUGCAAACAUUUCUAGUGACCCCUACCGCACAUUAUUUGUCGGACGGUUACACUAUGCCGUAGACGAAGUUGAACUACAGAAGAGUUUCGUCAAAUACGGCGACAUUGAAUCGUGCAGAAUAGUAAGAGACCAAGACGGUAAGAGCCGAGGAUACGGUUUUGUGCAGUUUACCAGUUAUGAAGACUCCAAACAGUGUUUCAGAGAGCUUGGUGUAAGGAAGGGAAUAGAAAUCAUGGGCCGAACAUCCAUCGUUGAUAUAGAAAGAGGCAGAACGGUGAAAUUCUUCAAACCUCGACGUCUAGGUGGAGGAUUAGGAGGACGAGGUUACCAAAGGAAAGAUCUCGUAAAUAAAUUAACUGGUGCUUCAACAAGACCGAUGCAUGAACAUGCUAGAAGACCCAUCAGAAGACACGAUACCUUCGAAAGAAGAGGUCCUCCACAAGGGCAUUCCCAUUCUUAUCAACCAACUAGUCCAAUAUCCUCACCUGCAUCAAAUUUCCAAAAAACUGCAAGUUCUAGCUACCGAUCAAGGAGGGACAGAUCUCGCAAUGAUACUUCCAAUGGUUCUACAGACACAUUGAUGUAUUGA